AUGGCUACAGCAUCAGUGAAGUCAUUUUUUCAAAGAUGUAGCACGAGCUUUAAAGAAUAUUGGAAACAGCUGGGAAAUGACUAUUUAACAGUGGCGAAAGAUACGUUUGAGGGCUGUAAAUCGAAGCCAGUUCGAUCCGGAUUUAUCUUUUCCGGAAUAGCAUUCAUGACGUACGCGUAUAAAACGAAUCCAACAGAAAUAGACAUGCUGAAUUACAUGUGUGAGAAAAGGCAACAGUUAUCAGAAGUGCCGGUUUCCCAAUAUAAUCCAAAAACAAAAGCUGAAAUGGUGCGUCGCGACUAUUUACUAAAUAAAGAUAGACUAAACUACUACAAUCUGUGGUUUUUCUCGUUGCUUGUUUCAAGUCCUAGUAAUAAUAAUUUAAGAAUUUAUUCUUCUCAAACACCUCUGCUUAAAGAUUGGCCAUGGAAUGAGUUCUGGAACAAUAUUGUUGAUGUCGGCUAUUUGGGAACAUGGAAAAAUUUGGAUGCCGCGUUCGAGAACUUCGAUAUUAAUACGGAUGAGAUCGAUCAACUACCUGAUGAUUCUUCAUCAUAG